AUGUAUUUACAUCACACGCCACAAACUCAGUUACAUGAAAAUGUAAAAAAUACAGUCUUUAUAGCACACGCUCUCGCUCCCUCGCUCUCUCGCUCGCACUACACAGUAGUCACUCGCGCCGCGCCGCGCCUCGCCUCGCGUCCUCCGCGGUGGCGCGAGCGCGGGGGAAGGCUGGAGGCGGACACGCGCCGGAAAAAUAUAAAU